CAAACCUGGUGACGGGAGAAUAUAGAUCUUUUAAAGUCGUAAUUCUUUGUGUUUUUACCAUGUUCCCUCCUCGUCUCUUUCAAGCGGGGUCUCCGCUCCCUUUCCAGCCCUACCGACUGCCACCUGGUCAAGAUGACGUGGGAUUCUAGACACUCGGGAGAUGGACUUCGUACUCGGAUGUAGGCACAGAGACGGCGGACAUAUCAGACCCCGAGAAGGUGGUCGCCUUACCUGCAGUAUGACAGCAUUACACUCAGCCUCGAGGCGUUGGGCCGUGCAGCCAAACAUCCUCGAAAGCGCCGCGCUCAGUCACAUGAAGGCCGGAUCUCAUCCGCACUCAUUCGGAGAUGCUUCCACAGCGAUAGCGAAUGAGAGCCUCUGGUCGGAGUAUAUGUGCGACAACAUGAUGACGAUCGUAAGCAUGUGGCCUCGGCUUCCGAGUCAUCAUGGAGGAAGUUCAGCGACGUAUAAGAAUUCCCGACAGCCCAUGGCCGUGAGAUUUCACCCUCCGAAUCCCGCAUACGAUCUGAAGGCGGAGACUUUCCUGAUAUUAUCUCGACUAAGAGAGUUCGUCAAGUUCAAUACUUUUGUACUUCAGUCAAGAAACAGGCAAACUCUUCCAAAAUGUUUGACGAACUAAACGGUUCAUUCGCUCGGGUGCGCAUUGCCGCCUUGCAAUCUACCAUCCUCGCUCGAGCUUCUGAGUCGGAUCGCCAUGUGGUCCGGCAUCAGCGCAACAAGGUCACAGUCGUCGCUGGCCCAAGGGGCAUCCAUCGCUUAGAGAAGAAGAGACUGGUUCGGGCGAGGCGUGAGUGAUAACUCGU